AUGUCACUAAAGUUUCUCGGCUGGAUCUUGCCCACGAUACGGAUCCCCGAAGAGUUCUACAUCAACAACAUCGGCCUCGACGCCGUUAUGUUCCUCCGCUUCCUCAAGAUGUGUCUCCAGUUCUCCAUCUUCAACGGCAUCAUCCUCGGUAUCAUCCUCCUCCCAAUACACUACACCGCCUCAGAUAAAGAAGAGGAAGUCACCCGCUUCGCCAUCAUCAACGUCCCCGAAGACUCCAACAUCCUCUGGGCCCACGUCUUCCUCACCUACCUCGUCUCCAUCUCCUGGAUGUUCCUCCUCUUCAAAAACUACUGGCAGUGGAUGGACCUCCGACGGGAAUACACCCUCCAACGCAUCCGACAAGGAGAAAUCGCCGAACGCUCCAUCUUCAUCAGUCGGUUACCGUCCAACCUUCGCUCCGACGCCGCCCUCAAACAGUACUUUGAAUCCCUCAAGAUGGGCCCCGUCGACUCUGCCACCGUUGUUCAGCACUGUGGUCGCCUCGCUCAGAAGAUUGACAGGAGAGAAAGCGCCCUCAACAUGCUCGAAAAGGCCCAUAUCGACCUCGCCCGCGACGUCCUCGACAGCAUUAAAAAGCACAAAUUCCACAUCAGCUCGCCUCUCAUUUCGACCACAGAACGACCACUUCUCCAAACACCCUCAAAGCUGGAUUCGACUAGUGUUCAGAGCAGCAUGGAUGUCGCCGCACUGGAAAAAAUGGUUCAGGACUUGUUCAAGGACAAGAAGCGCUACCACAAGCUGCGAAAAUCAAUCUUUGCCCACAAGCGUGUCGCCAUUGAACCACCCCCACAACAUCAACUCAACAUCCCUCUGUCGGCGCUCUCCCAUCACUCGGACAUUAUUGACAUCUAUGUCAACGGAGGUCAACAGGACUCUGCUGAUAACCAUGGGCAACAGAUGGGAUCGGCCCUUUCCCUGAACCCACCACCCUUCACCAUCUGGAACGCCCUCGCUAGUCUCGACCGCAACUCAUUCGACAAGUUCCAGCCUACACGACCUGCCAACCGAUUCAAGGGAGGUGACAAAGUGAAGGAGAUCGACCAUCUGAUCAAAAAGUACAACAAACUGGAUCGCAAGGUCGGUGAGCUACGGGAUGGAUCACUUCGCUACAAGUCGACCUCGUAUGGAUUUGUUACUUUCAAGCAUCAUCUCUCGGCACAGCUCUGUGCUCAAGCCAAGAUUGAUUCUCGACCGCAGGGCUUGAGUGUCCGCCAGGCAAUGGAGCCCCGGGAUGUUCUCUGGAGUAACCUCACCGCCAGCUUUCGUAAUCGCUUUACCCGCUCCAUCGUCGUCAACCUCAGCAUCUGGGUGAUUAUUGUAUUCUGGAUCUUCCCCACGUCUUCGUUCCUGCUAUUGACAUCUUUGAAGCAGCUGUCGGAAACGUUCAAGUUCUUGAAGCCCAUUUUCGAUUCAUCACCUUUGAUCCAGUCACUCAUCCAAAACGUCCUGCCGAUUGUCUUUGUUACCAUCUUUUUGGCCCUCGCCCCCGUCAUCAUCCUCGAAAUAUCAAAGCAGGAAUUGCCAGUGUCGCACUCGACUUUGGAAGGAAAUGUAUUACGGCGGUAUUAUCACUUCCUUAUUUUCAACGUCCUCUUCGUGUUCGUGAUUGGAACCGUCAUCUUGAAAUCGAUCCUCUCCUUGAUCCGCGAACCAACAAACAUUUUCGGACUUCUCGCCACCAACUUGCCCUCAGGAUCGACCUUCUUUAUCUUCUACAUCGUCUUCAACACCUGCACUCACGCACUGGAGUUGGUUCAAGUCUGGGCGCAGCUGAUCAUACACUCGUUCGUCACCUCCAAGAAACUUGCGCCCACACCUCGCUCACUUCAACGAGCCACCAUCCCAUGGUGCUUCCAGUACUACUACUACUAUCCACAAAGCAUUCUCGCCCUGGUCGUCACCUUCAUAUACUCCGUCAUCAGCCCUCUGAUCCUUUUCGCUGCCAUCCCCUAUUUCGGCUUUGCUCUCCUCGUCUUCAAGUACCAGUUCGCCUACUGCUACAUCAGAAAGUACGAAAAUAGCGGCAGGUUCUUCCGACAUGUCUUUCAGUACACGACCGAUGGCCUGAUCAUCUUUCAGAUCACAAUGAUUGGUGUCCUCUGGCUGAAGAAGGCCAUCGUUGGAGGAUUCUUUAUCGCCUUCCUGGUCGGUAUCACGGCCUACUUCAAGAUCCUCUGUGGAGACCUGUUCAAGUCGCGCACUAAAUUCUUGCCUCUGGAUACGGGAUUGCGGACCUUUGACAACGACUCGUCUUGCGCCAUGAACGAGAUCCCUAUGAACGGUGACGAGAUCCCGGCUCAUUCAAGUGCCGUCCAGGACGCCACUGCCUUGCGACGACGCCGAAACAGGCACUCAGAGGGAGGAUUUGGUCCGGACAAGGUUUUCAAUGGAUACCACUGCGGGAUCGACAACUCGUUUGAACGAGCAGACUCGGCCGAGUUUGUCCGCCCUUCGUUCGAAGUCAUUAGCUCAGCACAGUCGACACACUCCCAGAAACCUAGCACAGGAACAGACGGUGAAGGUACCACAGGAAACAUGUCACCGACUACGGAUAACCUUGUCUCCAACAAGACUGAAGACGUAGGAGAGGUUGGGCACAAACCAUUCUCGGUCAUGGAAGCACUUGGAAUGGAGGCACCACAUUCCUCGGACAUUAUUCCCGAGCCAGUGCACAACCUCAAGACGUUUAAGAGCAGCUCCAGGAACUCGCUCCAGCUCAAGAUCAACACCCAGGAGCCCACCGAUCCUUCGCCUGAAUCCAACGAGAGCUCAACACGAGAGAUUCGAUUGUUUACUGUCGGCGGCGAUUUGCUGGAGAGUCCUAAGGAUUUCGAGCAAGGCAACAACACCUCUGCAGGAUUCUUGGACGAGGAUGGUUUCUAUGUAGAGUCGUUUGGUGUGCGCAAUUCGGGGAUGGCGUCGCGACCUUUGGCAUCGCACUUUGAGCACUCUCCGUCCAAGAUCACCUACCAGGACAGGACCUCGCAAUUUGAGACCUAUGUCCACCCUGCACUGCUCAAGCCCCUGAACCGCAAGUUGUGGUUACCCAAGAACCCUCUCUACGAACAUUGGGAUUUGGACGACACUGUUGAAAUCGAUUUCGCGCUCAACAGCUCGACCACAGCCAACAAGUUGGAGCUCCGUGUGCGUGACAAGGACGAAGACCUCAUGAGGAGCCCUCAUCAGAACCACAAAGAUCACCAGCAACAACACCAACAACACCAACAUCAACGAGGAUAUAGCCAGCGCAGGAACACGGAUGGGUCCACCUUUGAUCUUGGCAUGGGAGUUUCUCUGCCAUCGCCAUCGAACUGGGAGGGCUGUCUCUCAGACCAUCCUAUUAGCAACGGACCUCCUUCAACCCCCGGACCUGGAUCCAGCUGGGAUCGCUAUGACGAGAAGAGAGGUUACGGGGACGAGUCAGGGCUCGCUUUGGAUCAUUCUAUGACUACACCGUCAUUCUUCAGGAACCAUAAUGCUCGCAGCAACAUCAAGCCAGGACAACGAGAUUAUUCCGGCAUUAGUGGAUUCGAGGCUACUUCGCCCAUGACAGCCACCACACCUCUAACGACGUCGCCUAUUACGCACUCUGCCUCGAUGAAUACUCUUCGCAAGUUUUCACCUUCCACCCCACGCGCCCAGGCCCAGGCAUCAUCACACUCGCCCCAGAGAUCCGAGCACCAAGCAGGACUAAGCCCCAAAAACACUCGAUUCAAGAGGAGCGUGUCGAUGCCACCUGCGCCAUUGCCUGUUGGAAGCGACCCCUACGGCCGCGAUACCGCAGUUGCAGAAUUUUCAAAUGGCACUUCCCCGCAGCCGAUACCCUCUCCAUUCCUAAGUGUCCGUAACCCUUACCAUGGCACGACUCCUCAACGAAGCAGCACCAUGCUGUCUCACUCUCCCAAGCAACCCUCGUCGGCACACCAGAGUCCUCGCGUCUCGUUUGUUCAGGAUACUAGCGGAACGGCAUCACCACCUUUGACGGUUCGUUCGACCAUGUUUGCGGGACCUGUGAUGCAUCAUCGCCAUACGAUCAGUCAUGGACAGGGUAACAGUAUCCAUCAUGGAAGCCCUCACCGCCGCCCUAGCAUGGACCACCCAGCUUUGCCGCAGUCGUAUUCGUCGACAGUUUCUUCAGGCAUCGUUACUGGAGCAACUGCUCCUGUGAACACGAGCGCUGGAGGAACGUUGAAUGGCGCCCCGACUAAUGGUGGAAAUGGAACUGUUGGUACUGCUGCUGGCGCCGCUACGACGACAACGACUCGCAGACCAGGAGUAGCAGGAGCGUUCUUCAACAUGAUCUUUGGCGACCCUGAUGAUGAUGUGUUGGAGGCGAACGAGAACCCGCGGUUCGGAUACGAAACUGGUGGAAGAUGGAGUCGUCGCCGAGGCAGUAUGGAUCGUCACGACGAUGAUGACGAUGAUGACGAUGACGACGAUGACGAUGAAGAGGCGGGCUUGGUUGUGGAUACUGGAGCAAGGCCUGCUGUUGUUGGUGCUGAUGGAACCCCAUCGCAUACGGCGAUUAAUAUGACGGGCACCGGAGCUAUGGAUGAGCAGCGUGGGACGGGGGCGACUGGAUUGUCGCGUGCGCUGGGUCAGCUGCCAAUGGCCCAGCCUUCUCACCUCGAUCUCUCCGAAAACACCAAACCUCCCAACGUUUAA